UGAGGCGAAGAGCAAUGCCGCUGGUAGUGCUGUGUGGGCUGCCGGGGAGCGGCAAGAGCAGGCGAGCUGAAGAGUUGCGGGCGGCGCUGAGGGCCAAGGAGGAGAGUGGCGGCGAGCGGCGAGUCUUCGUGGUGGCCGAAGCAGAGGUGGCGGCGGGGGGAAGCGGCGGCAGGGCUGCGUUGCGAGCGGAGGCGGAGCGGCUGCUGAGCCGGCGGGACGUGGUUAUCGUGGACGCGGGCAGCGAACUGAAGAGCUUCCGCUACGAGCUGUACUGCCUCAGCAAGCACGCGGGGACCCCGCACUGCCUCGUCCUGUGUCCCGGCGGCGCUCCCUGCUCCGAUAGGCCUCCCUUGGAAGCGCCGGACUCACGCAACCGCUGGGACUGGCCGCUCUUCAUGGCGCCCGCCGACCUCGCAGAGCCGCUUCCGCUGCCGGAGAUUCGCGCCGCCCUCUUCGAGCGCUGCCCGCCUCCCCCCAAUAAGUCCACGCGCUCCCAGCCCCUCCAAGCCGCCGGGUUCCUUCACCAGCUCGACCUCCUCACGCAGGACAUGGUGGCCGCCCUUAUGGCCGCGCAGAGGAACGGCGCCCAGCCCGGCCAGUUCGUCUCGAUGGCGGUCGACGGGCUAGGCCAAGAGGCUCAGGGGUUGCUGCUGAGCCGGCCUGUCAGCCUCGCGGAGUUAAGCAGGCUCCGCAGACAGUUCCUCAACUAUGCCAAGAUGCAUCCUGGAGAAGGGGAGGAGAAUCUACCCCAGCUGGGCGGCAUGUUCUUACAGUACUUGAGCCGCAACUUGCAGUGAGCGACUGGAGCCCGCUCGUUCUCCUGAGUUCCUGGGACAGAACCUAAUCUGUUUGGCCUGCUACCUAUUCUCUGGACGUGGAGCAAUUCAGCUAGUCACCAGCUAGCAGCGCAACCAGCAAGCACAAACUUAGGAGCCUCGAUCGGUGGACUAUCAGCUUCUUCACACUCUGCUGCACUGGAGCUUAAUGCGUUUGAAUAUUGAGGGAAAUGAAAAUGACCGAGGGAAGGAUGACCAGCAUUCUGUCAUCAACACAGGAUCCCUUAAUAACAGACAGCUAGUCACAGCCAAAUAAGUUUCCCUGGUCACUUGUCUUUUUUUUUUUAAAGUAUUUUGAAUGAUUGAUGUUUGUAACUGAUGCUGUAUGUAUGUCUCCAGUUGAGAAGAAUGUAGAUAUUAUCUAUUAAUAAGAUGUCUGCUAACUACCCAUUCUGAGCUCAGUGUUUUGAAAUACAUACUAGAAAGGAUACUUCUCUGUAUUCUAUUUUAUUUACUUUAUUUCUAGCCUACAUUUCUUGCUGAGUCUCAAGGCGUUAAACAAGAAGCAAACUAUUCCAUGAAGUACAAAGUGCUUUAGGAAGCCACAACAUCAGAGCAGACAGAACAGUAAGAUUCUUGCUAUCUACCUGAAAUAGAACAAAGCAGUUUCAUAUUCCUAAUGGGCACAUAUGUUAAAACAAGGAAAUUCCAUAAUCAAAUCACAUGGUACUGAAUCUGUUGUUCCCCACAGUAAAUGGAUCCCCAAAAUUUAAACGGAUGUGCACGUUCUAUAUUAAGUUUAUAUUUUUCCUUCAGUAUUGUGGCUCAUGGAAUAAAACUGUUCUUAAACAGGCUUCUGCUUUUCUUUCUAAGGUACACUUAGCACUAAGGUUAGCAGUAAGCAGUCAGACAUAGAAGUUGAGUUGUAUGUAGCUAUUGUAAUUUUCCCUGCUAGUUGUGGAUUUUAUUAGAACCAUUUUGUUAAUAUAUUUUUUGAGCUUUAGUGGAAAAUAUAUAGAAUGUCAUUUCCCACAUCAAGGCAGUAAAGGGCAUAACAGUUACAUGCAUUUAGAAGCACCUCACAGUUGUGAGCAAGGCUUAAGGGUAUGAAAAGAUGGGACAGUAGGUAAACAAGGAAUAAGACACAGGACAAAGGAGGUAGGAAGAGCAAAGGGAAUGGCUCUCUUUAUGUAUUUACACACACAAAAAGACAAUCCUGAAUGUAAGUCAAUUUCCCUAAAAAAAUUUAUAUGCGAAAGACUUGUUAUUAUGCUAAAUAACUAUAAUGAUGGACCCUUCAUUUUCUUGAAGACUCGUGGAGAAAAAAAUUAGUUUUCCUUUGUGGUAAAUAUGGUGUUUGAUCACAAAGAAACUUUAGAAUGCAGAUUUUAGUUUUGACCAGAUAAUAUUAGAUAUUGUAUUAGAUAAUAAAAGAAAAGCAGCAGUUUUUUCUUUUCCUUAAAUUAUACCCCACCUUUCUCCUCAGUGGGGACUCAAAACAGCUUAUAUUGACCUCUUUGACCAGCCUCUUAGGUACUGCCUAGAUUUUUUCCUACUCACCUCUGACAAACUCAGGUGACUGGGAGAUGGUCACAUUAUACUUGUAAAUCCUAGGCAUGGUCCUACAAGUCACUUGCAUGUCUAGAGAUGGAUUCAUAGAAACACUAAUAGAAACUAAUAAUACAGGUCUAAUAUAUUGAUGGUUGCUGUUGCCCAUUAAACCUGAUUUUUUGUAGUAUUUAUUGAAAGAUUCCUUCUUAUUGACUAUUGCCUACCUUGGUACAUGUUGCUUUUAUAAGGAAAUGUACCUCAUGGAAGGGAAAUGUGUGGAAAGGUAUACAUAUGGUUAUGUCUGAGACUGUUUAAUAGCAGUACAGUCUUUACAGAGUUAUUCCAAUUUAAACCCAUAGAUUUCACUGGGCUUAGACUGGAAUAACUUCAUAAGAUUACGCUUUAGAGGUCCUUCUGAAGCUGCAUAGGAAUUUUGCAAUGCUCUGAAAACUUAUAUUGGAAUGCAUUUUUUUAACAGUGGUAGAAAAUAAAGGGUUGGAAAUAAUCAGUGUUUAGUGUGGCUAUGUAUUGUAGGUUUACACUUUAGAAUUUAAAUAGCAUUGCCACCUUUGUAUUAGAUAAUAAAAGAAAAGCAGCACAGUUUUUUCUUUUCCUUAAAUUGUACCCCACCUUUCUCCUCAGUAGGGACUCAAAACAGCUUAUAUUGUCCUCUUCUCCAUAUUAUCCUCACAACAACCCUGUGAGAUAGGCUAGGCUGAGUGUAUGUGUAACUGGCUCAGAGGCACCCUGGUAGCUUCCAUGGAAACUUGAAGAUUCAAACGUGUGUCUCCCAGAUCAUAGUAGGACAUUCUAACCACCCUGGUUCAAAGCAUAUGAUUUAUUAGGUAACAGCAUCUCAUAGUAUAAUGCUUUUCACUGUUUAUUGUGGGGAUGGUGUGAGGAUGGCUGCAGUGUUCUGACAAUUUAACAUAAAAUGGCUGCAUGUUAACUAAGUAGUCGUGAAAUCCGUUGGCAACUACUUAUUUUAAUAUCCAGAAUUAUCUUUAGCACAGUAAGGCAAAGCAUUUUUGAGGUAAGAUAGUGUAAGAAGACAGCUUGCUAGUAAAUUGUAUACUUGGCCCAUGGAGGGUACACAGAUCUACUCAACAAUUCCCAUUGUGGUAAGUAGGAUGAUGAUAAGGAAGGGAUAACAUUCAGUUUAAGUGGGUUUUUCCUGCUGACCUAAGACAAAUAGAUUAACUUGGAAGAAAUCCCAUUGCAAUUGGGGAGACUUACAGAGAAAUCCUAAAAGAAGUUACUCCAUUCUAAGCUCAUUGAUUUCAAUGGAACUUAGACUGGAGUAACUCCUCUUAGGAUUGCACUCCUAGUUACAACUAAACAUGCAUAGUAUGAUGUAAUCCUGUUAUUGAAUAUGAAACACCGCAUCAAGAUGUUGUGAUCUGGAAAUAAAGCCUCAACAAGAUUUUCUUUAUAGAAACCAGAUUCAGAAGUUGCAUCAAGGGAGAUGAAAUACAGUAAUUGUGUGUCUUGUCUUGGUA